AUGCAUAGUUUUGCCACCGUUUCAAAAAACAGAAACACGGACACUCUGACGACGGAGGACCCCGCCGGCCUCUGGGAUCCGCGGGACCCGGGCCCCGCGCCGCCUCGGGCUCUGACACCGACGAGUCUGCGGCUAGAGGGGCGCCCUGCAGUCCGUACUGCCUUGUGGGAACGCAGCCCGGCCGCCGCCGGAGGACCUGCGCCCCACGGCAUGACGGGAGUUGCCGGACAGCACAGCUGCAGUGUCAGGGAGUGUGGUAACCACCUGGCCGUCCACACGUUCAAUCCGGGGCACCAUCAUGGUAACAACAGCCUGGACGAGGGCUGGACACUGCUCCACCUGCAGAUGACCUAUGUCAACCCUGGACACUGGCACGAAGCCAGCAGGACCAACUCGCCCAACAAGAUACUAGCUGCCGUCCCGCCACACUACCUCAAUACCUGCCAGCCCAGCCAGCCUCUCCUUGCUGCCUCAGUUUCCCCGUUCGCAACCCCUCCUCUGGGACUGCCUCGGGCAAGGCAGGACGCACAUGGCCCGCGCUGGCGGGACUCCAACCUGACCCCGCGGGCCCCUUAUUCCGAAACCGGGGAGACUGAGGGGCGGGACGAGGAGGCUCGGAGCAUGGAGCGGGGUCUCACCCUCCUGCUCUCCCUGUUCCUUCUGGGGUGCCUGCCCCGGUGCCCGGGCCAGGUUCUGGAGGUGGACCCCCCGCAGCCCGAAGUGGUCGUCCAGGUAGGCGGGUCUCGGCAGCUCACGUGCCGCCUGGCCUGCCCGGGCCGCGCCGCCUCGGUGCAGUGGCGGGGCCUGGACACCAGUCUGGGUGCCGUGCGGUCCGGCCCGGGGGUCAGCGUCCUGAGCGUGCGCAAUGCCUCGCUGGCGGCGACGGGGACCCACGUGUGCGUGGGCUCCUGCGGCACCCGCACGUGGCAGCACGCGGUGCACCUGCUGGUGUUCGCCUUCCCGGACCAGCUGAGCGUGUCCCCCGCAGCCCUAGUCACAGGGCGGGACCAGGAGUUGGCCUGCACCGCCCACAACGUCACACCUGCGGACCCCAGCCUCCUAUUCUUCUCCUUGCUCCUGGGAGAACAGGAGCUGGAGGGAGCCCAGGCUGCGGGCUGGGACGUGGAGGCCCAGGGGGAGGAAGACCCCCUGUUCCACGUGACCGAGCGCUGGCUGCUACCGCCCCUAGGGACGCCCGCCCCGCCCCACCUACACUGCAGGGCCACAAUGCAACUGCCCGGCCUGGAGCUGAGCUGGCAACGGGCAGUCCCAGUUCUGCACAGCCUGCCUGCUUCUGAGGACCCGACAUCAACCACACUGGAGCUCCCCAAAUCAACCUCGCCAGAGCCCCCCACCUCCACCUCUGCCUCUCUGAGGCCCCCAUCAACCUCGCCAGAGCCCCCCACUUCCACCUCUGCCUCUCUGAGGCUCCCAUCAACCUCGCUAGAGCCCCUGACCUCCAUCUCUCUGAGGCCCCUAUCAACCUCGCCAGAGCCCCCCACCUCCAUCUAUCUGGGGCCCCCAUUAACCUCACCAGAGCCCCCCACCUUCCCCUCUCUGAGGCCCCUCACAUCAACCACAUCAGAGCCCCCCACCCACCGCCCCUGCCGCCCUGAGAUCCUC